AUCCUAAAUUUUACCACCAUUAAACAACACACACUGAACCAAAACCCACCCACACUCUUCCUCACAACUCACAACACACAACACACAACACACAACACACAACACAUUAACCUUCUUUAAUCUUUAGUCUUUCCAUUCUCUCUCAUCGCCUGCUUUCUCUCUCUUACAUUUCCUCUUCUCAUUCUUCACCACUCUUCUCCCUACAAUGUCUAACAACUUAGACUUUUAAAGGGUUCUCUCUCUUUUUAUUUUUAUUUUUAUUUUUUUUUACCUUUUUUUUAUCUCAAGCCAUGGAUAGAAAUCUUAAAGGUUUUGUUCUUGACCCUGUAAAAUGUUCGGGUCUUCCCUUGGAAGAGAAGAGGGAAUUAGUUCGUGAAAUUGCUCAAUGGUCAGAAGAUGCCCCCGAGAUUCUUAGUUCAUUUAGUCGCAAAGAGCUGUUGGAAAUUAUUUGUGCUGAAAUGGGUAAAGAAAGAAAAUACAGUGGAUUUACCAAACUUCGGAUGAUACAACACCUUCUUAAGUUAAUCUCUAUAAACUCAAAGAGGAAAAGUAUGGAUAGUGAUAUCGAAAUUACUCUGCCCAAAAGUCAAAGCGGAGCUAAGAAGCAGAAAAACAAUGAAAGCUCUAUUCAAGAGCCUACUAAUGAGGAUCGUGCACAAGGCGUAAGCAUAACCGAGAAUCAAGGGAAAACCUUUCUAUGUCCAAAUCUAGCGUGCAAGGCUAACUUGAGACCCGAUGAUGGUUUCUGCAAGAGGUGCUCCUGCUGUAUCUGUCAUCGCUAUGAUGAUAAUAAGGAUCCGAGUCUGUGGUUGACUUGUGAUUCCGAUCCUCCUUAUGAGGGCAAUUCAUGUGGGAUGUCGUGUCAUGUAAAAUGUGCGCUCAAGCACGAAAGAACUGCCAUUUUGAAGAAUUGUAAGCGGGGAAAGUUGGAUGGCCGAUUCUAUUGUGUUUCUUGUGGAAAAAUCAAUGACCUGAUGAGAACAUGGAGAAAGCAGUUAAUGGUUGCGAAGGAGGCUAGACGGGUUGAUGUGCUAUGUAUGCGUAUCUCCUUAUGUCACAAGAUUCUUGAUGGAACUGAGCGAUAUAGAGAUUUACAUAAGCGUGUAGAUAUUGCUGCGAAGAAGCUUAAGAAGGAACUUGGUCCUCUUGAUCGUGUUUGCGAAAAAAUGGGCCGAGGUAUAGUUAACCGGCUUGCUUGUGGGGCUGAGGUACAGAAGCUGUGCACCUCUGCGCUAGAUGUCUUUGACGCUUAUUCUAACCAAUCAUAUAACUGCACUGUGAAUCGGAAAAACUCGCUGACAUGCCAAAUACGCUUUGAAGAAUCGUUCCCAACUUCAGUAGUCGUUGUACUAGACUACGAGGAUCAACAUGUAGAGAAUUUUUUGGGCUGUCGAAUAUGGCAUAGAAAGUCUACUUUGAAGGCUUUCCCAGAAAAACCCUCGUGCAUUGUUCUGAGGCCAGAGAAGAAAUUCAGGAUAAGUGACCUUCAACCAUGUACGGAAUAUAUCUGCCGGGUUUCUCUGUUUAGUUGCACCAGUAUUUUCGGAACAUGGGAAGCAAAAUGGGUUACUCCCCCGUCAAAAUGGGUUUUAGAUGAGCAGGACGGAAUAAUUGAUGAAAACCCGAGAAAUUUUUUCCAAUCUUUUCGUGAUUGUAACAAACUAGUCACAUUUGAUCACACUGCAAAGCUUCGUUCCCUUCACGACAUCAAUGCGACUCAUAUAGUGUGCUCGGGUUCAAUCCCCAUCACACCAUCCAAAGUCGACACAAGGCCCGACAUGGUUGGACCGAGUAACAAGCUGCAUGAAGAACUGAACAACAAUUAUGAAUAUUGUGUUCGGGUGAUCAAGAGUUUGGAGCGUGAUGGGCACAUGAGCAUCGAUUUCAGAGUGAAGUUUCUGACGUGGUUUAGCUUAAAAGCCACGAUGCAAGAAAGGAGGGUUGUUAGCGCGUUUGUGGAUACUAUGGCAGAUGACCCUCAGAGCUUGGCUGAGCAACUAAUUGAUGCCUUCGCAGAUGAAAUUUGCAGCGAAAGAACUACUUCUUCAGCACAUAUAAUACCUUAAUUACACUUUUUAACAAAAGUUCAACUCAUCUAAGACAUUUUAUCCGUCUUUUUAACAAAAGUUAAACUCAUUCAGGCGCCUCAGGCAGAAGGAUUUCUUGUUAUAACACUGGCUUUCGACUAGAAUGUAGAGUGGUAUGUGCAGAUUUUCGAUUGUGUUAUGAUAUUCUGAAGUCUGAACUAACAUCUCCGCAAAAAAGUUGUUUUCGAUUGCACCACUUCAAUGGGAAAUGGUAGUUUUUUUUUCAGGCUUGUCUUUUGUUAACGUGUCAAUUCCAAAAAUUCUUGACGCAUAUUUUGGUUUAUAUAUGCUUAAAUCAAUCAUUACUCCAUGCUUCAUAUUUUCAGUGUACUU